AUGCAUCAACACCCCUACCAUCGUUUAGUGUGGGCGCCAGGCCUUGCUUCAAUGGAGGGCAAUGCAAAAGCCAAUGCGGUGACCGAGUUCCAGUUCUCGGACCCUCCAAUAGCUGGUCUAGUUCAUACUCUUCCAAACCACACAGAGCCCUCGAUAAACACGACCACCGCACACUGCUGCAAGAAUACAGUCGGCUACAGAAGCCGGAAAUUCGGAGUCUUCACCAGUGGUCAUCAGAGCUCUACAAUGUAUCUUGUCGUCCUCAUGGCUAUCACUGCUCUACUACGCGUUCAGGCACGUAAAAAUAUGUGUUCCAGAGUGAAUGUCGAGGUGUUCUACGAGUCGUACUGUCCCGACAGCAAGCGGUUUGUGUUGGAACAGCUCUACCCUUCUUACAAUGAACUAUCGAUCAUAAUGAAUCUGCAGCUCAUCCCUUACGGAAGAGCAUCGAGGAGAUGGGACCCAUCUAAAAAACGAUACAACUUCUCUUGUGAACACGGAUUGAAGGAAUGCCUAGGAAACCUCUUUCAGGGAUGCGCUUUCCACCACUAUCCAAACCCAAAAGUUCAUCUUCCGUUCUUGGCCUGCAUGUUCAAUUCAACGUCUCCAAACAAGGCUUACUUGAAGUGUGUCCAAAAGUCUGGUUUCAAUCUCGGAGUCCUGGCCAAGUGCAACAAUGGCCCCGAGGGUAAUAAGCUUCAGGCACGGUACGCAGAGUGGUCUGAGAGUGUGAAUCCACAGAAACGUUUGUCUUUUGUUCCAUGGAUUCGAAUGGAUAGGAAAGACAAAAUGUACGAAGCUUACCGUGGCUUCAAAGAAACUCUCUACGAAGUAUGUGCUAACAAGAUCAAGGCACAUGUUUAG